ACAAAAAAACCGGCCUCCGAGCUCCGAUCCAUCCCCAUCUUCAAAUCUAAACCCCUCCCCCCUCCCCCCAAAAAAAAUUACAGGGAAAAAGGUGACCAGUAAUUCAGAUAAACAGAGGAAAAAACAGGGGAGACAGAGGGUAGCAGAGCAAUGGGGAUAUUUUACGGGAUGGUGGCGAGGGGGCAGGUAGUGUUGGCGGAGUUUAGCGCGACCCAAACAAAUGCGAGUACUAUCUCGAGACAGAUAUUGGAGAGGAUGGACGAAGCAAAGAAUGAUAGCAAUUCAUCGUUUUCGCAUGAUCGUUAUAUUUUUCAUGUUAAGAGAACCGAUGGCCUCACCGUUCUUUGCAUGGCCGAUGAUGCCUCUGGAAGAAGAAUCCCUUUUGCUUUCCUUGAAGAUAUCCAUCAAAAUUUUGUUAAGACCUACGGUCGUGCUAUUCUUUCAGCUUCAGCUUAUGCCAUGAAUGAUGAAUUCUCCAGGGUCUUGAGUCAACAAAUGGAAUAUUUCUCGAAUGAUCCCAAUGCCGAUAGAUUAAACCGUUUGAAAGGGGAAAUGAGCCAGGUACGGAGUGUAAUGAUUGACAAUAUUGAGAAAGUUUUGGAGAGAGGUGACCGCUUGGCGUUGCUGGUUGAAAAGACUAGUACGAUGCAUGGGAAUUCACUUCGGUUCAAAAGGCAAUCUCGUCGUUUCAAAAAUGCCAUGUGGUGGAGAGAUUGUAAGUUCAGGGCGACAUCGAUACUACUACUUCUGUUGAUCAUCGCAUAUGUUCUGCUCACGUUUGUUUGUCAUGGAUUCUUUUUGUCGUCCUGCAUGAUGUAGCACGGCAGCGUGGUUUGUCAAUUUUUUUGUCUUAUGAUAUAUUGGUAAUGCUAUUCACGGACAAUCUGGCCAUGAAAAUUUUUCAUGCUUAGCAGAGCUGUCAGCUGUGUUUCUGUAAAUGCCUGUAAUGAUACAAGUUUAUAAAUCUUGGCAUAAGAUAAAUAUUUUGCCAAUUUUGAAGUCUAAACAUCAUUCUCCGAGGGGAUGAAAAAUUUAUAGGAAAAACCAAUUCUUUCUAUAGACUUGC